UAAUUGUUAAUUAACCUGCAUUAAUAUCUCCUUUUCUUCUCUUGAAGUCAUGGUUUUGUUGUGGCCUCCUCAAUCGCCUUAUAUACAUGCCAUUGCCGCUGCCUAGCUUCUCUCAGUUCUUCAUUGCCUACAUUGCUGCAUUUCUGUGUCUUCUGAACUUGCAUGCUAAUUGACUUCACCAGCCAAAAAGUUCAUCCCAUUACAUCACACUUGGUAGUAUCUUCAAGUGCAAUCAGUUUUCUAAAAGUUGUCAAUUGGUAUAUCUAAUCUGUGCUGUGCAUAGUUUUCUCCAUCAGCAGUGAAAAAACAUGGAAGCACCAUUUAAGGGAAUAAUUGAAGAUUUCAAGGGAAGAUAUCAAUGCUAUAAACAAGAUUGGAUUUGUGAUAUCUGUUCUGGUCCAAGCACAUGGGCUCCAACUUUCUACAUAUUCUUUGCCUCUGCCCUCCCUGUUAUUGUUUUUGGACAGCAACUUCACAGGGAUACUGAUGGAACUAUGGGCAUAGUGGAAACAAUGGCAUCUACUGCUAUUUGUGGAAUUAUCCACUCAAUAUUUGGUGGCCAACCUUUGUUGAUUUUAGGAGUUGCUGAACCCACUGUCAUAAUGUACACUUACUUGUUCAGUAUUUGCCAAAAAACCCCUGGACUGGGUAGAGAGCUCUUUAUGGCUGUGCUUAGUUGGGUUUGUGUUUGGACGGGAAUCUUCCUGGUGGUGCUUGCAGUUUUUAAUGCUUGCUCAAUCAUCUCAAGGUUUACAAGAAUUGCUGGGGAGUUAUUUGGCAUGCUCAUAACUGUUCUUUUCUUUCAAGAGGCUAUAAAGGGAUUGAUAGAGGAGUUCAACACAGUCAAGGACGAAGAUCCUUCUGCAGAGGAAUUUCAAUUCCAGUGGCUGUAUACAAAUGGAUUACUUGCAAUCAUUUUCGGUUUUGGAUUACUUUUCACUGCCCUAGUAAGCAGAAGAGCAAGAUCGUGGAGAUAUGGAACAGGGUGGCUACGAGGACUUAUAGCAGAUUAUGGGAUUCCAUUGAUGGUAGUGUUAUGGACUGCACUAUCUUAUGCUGUACCAAAAAAAGUUCCAGAUGGCGUUCCUAGAAGGCUUGUUUCUCCUCUACCCUGGGAACCUAAAUCACUCUAUCACUGGACAGUUGUGAAGGAUAUGUGGAAGGUACCCCCAUCUUAUGUAUUUGGGUCAACUGUUCCAGCUCUGAUGAUAGCAGGCUUAUACUUUUUUGAUCACAGUGUAGCUUCGCAGAUGGCACAACAGAAAAAAUUUAACCUUCAAAAACCAACAGCCUACCACUAUGAUGUUUUCCUGCUUGGAAUAAUGACUCUGAUUUGUGGGUUCCUUGGCCUUCCUCCUUCAAAUGGAGUCCUUCCACAGUCCCCCAUGCAUACAAAGAGUUUAGCAGUUCUGAGGAAGAAGGUUAAAGAGUCGGAGACUUCAAAGCAAGCUGUAACGAAAUCUAGGAACAAUGAUGAUCCAGAAGCAAGUUUGGAGGAGAAACACAAAGAUGAAUAUCUACCAGUCGAGGUUCAUGAGCAAAGAGUGACCAACCUUUUGCAGUCUCUCCUGGUCGGUCUCUCAAUCCUAGCCAUGCCUGUAAUCAGAGAGAUACCAACCUCUGUUCUAUGGGGAUAUUUUGCUUACAUGGCAAUUGAUAGUCUCCCAGGAAAUCAGUUCUGGGAAAGGAUAUUGCUCCUCUUCAUCACCCCAAGCCGCCGUUACAAAAUUUUUGAAGGUUCUCAUGCCUCUUUUGUGGAAGAUGUACCAUUCAAGACCAUAGCUACAUUUACACUCUUACAGUUAGGAUAUUUUUUAAUAUGUUACGGGGUGACUUGGAUUCCUUAUGUUGGAGUACUGUUCCCUGUACCAUUCUUCCUUCUCAUAUUCAUAAGAGAACGCGUGCUUCCAAAGAUAUUCAAGCCUAACCAUCUCGAAGAACUAGAUGCUUCUGGGUACGAGGAAAUUGUUGGAGCUCCACCUGCUUUGAAAAUGGAUAUGGAGCAAGAUACUGAUACUGUAGGAAGCGAAGAGGACUUCUGCGAUGCAGAGAUAUUAGAUGAGAUGACAACCCACAGGGGAGAGUUGAAACUGAUAACUACCAGCAGAAAUCAUAGCUUCAGUGAUGACAGACACAUUCACGUAAAUGACUUUUAUAGAAUCUUUAAGGUUUCGAUUUACUGUACUUGUCUAGUAUUUACUGUGUUUGUGUGGUGGACUUGCACAGGUUUGUCCUAGAGAUGCUGUCUGAAGAUGGAGAAAGGGUUUGAUAUAAUAGUGUUCCUCAAGAUAGUAGUUUUGUAGUCAGUUAAGGUUGAAUAUGAUCUUCUGUGGAACAAGAAAGGAUUCAAUCAGUGAUAACUGAAAGAGAUGAAAUGCAGAAGGAAAGAGAAAUUGAUAAAAAUCCAAUUGAACUUUGAAACAUGCUUUCAAAAUUGGCCGAAAAACACGGUGAAAUGUUGAGAUCAAAGGAUAAAUUUCCUCCUAGGUUGGCUACAAAGUUCACAAAAAAUAAGAGUCAAGUUGGGAGGGGAAAAACAAAGGGAAAACAAGGAAAUAAGAAAACUCAAUUGUUAUAGUUAUUUUUAUACUUCUAUAGAUAGAUAUCAUUAGAACAUUUUUUUAGCUUUAGUUAACACCAAUUCUUUGAUAGGGUAUAUUAGAGUUUGUAAGCAUAAUUUUUUGUUUGUAACAUUCAACCACAAACAAAGGAAAAGAAUCUGGUUUUACUUUUUAGACAGUAAACAUACAUGUAUACCUUGGGAACAAAAUUAUAGAAGAAUGAUUCUUUUUAUGUCCUUA